AUGAUCGAGAUCCAGGCCAUCCAUCUCCCGAACGGUGGACCGCACAAGGUGGGUUUCAGGGUGACUGGAUGCCUGAUAGUUUAUACCAGCAAGACCCUCCGAAAGAAGCCUUAUGUCAUAUCGUCGACUUCUGUGCAACCGAGCCUCCUACGAAGGGCGGUGGUCAACGGAAUCACGGGAACCCAGGGCAGUAGACGCGGCAUGCAGUCUGAGAACCGGAGGACGAGUGUUGAUCUCCGUGAUCUGCCAGUGACUCGCAGCCUGCUGCUGAUAUCAUUGGGGUCGGUUAUAGAACGAUGUAGACGCAGCAGGCUCGCUGGACUCUUCAACUCAGACCAUCUGGUGACGGUAGACCAGAAACAAAAUAUUUUCGGCUUGGAGGCUGAGACAGAGCAUUGA